AUGGAGGUUGCUAUAAAUUCAAGGAAUGCAUUCGGAAAUGAAGCUCCUGUUAUGACAGUGGAACCAUCCGGAAUUACUGAAGGGUUGGCCGGCAAUAACUAUGUGAUAAUAUUCUGUGUGGUGGGUGGAAAAGAGUGUAGAGCAGCCCAUUCAUGCAGAUCCUGCGGGAAAGAUGUCCAUGCAAUUUGUGGAAUUAAUUACGGAGGGGAAAUUACUUGCAGGCUAUUUCACAAUAAACAAGUAAUCUGCAAGAAGAGGUCAGGAGCUCAUGCUAGUUUGCAAGCUAAAGGUGCAAAGAUACUGAGAAGUUCAGGUGCAAAAUUUCCACCAGCCAAAGUUGGAGAUAAUGUGCGUAUCCGCAUACCAGAUGUUGACAGGGGUUGCGGUGAUCCAAGAAGCGUUCUUGCUGUUGUCAUGAACGUCGAGGACGGUUUCUACAAGCUAGGAACAGAACAUGGCGUUCUCAAACACCUGUAUUCCAGAAGUGAGUUUUCCAUUCUGCACGAGAAACUACUAACACUUGAUUCCAUAGGCACAAAAGAAAAAUUGCUACGAACCAUAGCGUCUUCCUAAUCACUGACAGGGGGCCAAGG